ACUUUCUCCGUCCCUCCACUCGUCUCCUAUCUGUUUCCCACUCUUCAAGUUCCAUACCCGCAGCGAACCGUCAACUGAACAUGUCAUCAUCCGUUGUCCGCCUGGCAGAUGUAUGGCACCUAGGACCACAUCGGUGUGUCCUUUAAAUUUCUGGUGGGGCAUUAUCACUGAUACCUUCUGCUUUCCGACGGUGGGUGAAGACAUAAUCAACUAUUGGGUGCAGCUCCGUCUCAACUUCCAUCCAACAACAAAGUGCAAAAUCAUCACUGACAACAAUGCGGUCCUCAGCUGCUCCCAACGAAUUGACACCAAGACACAAAAGGCGUUUAGGUCAAAAGAGCACAGGAAGGUCGAGCUGGUACGUUUUACAUGCAUGUUCACUUUACAGCUUCUAGCGUAGGC